AUGCAUGCAAAUAGGGAAUCUCGGAUGCACCUGCUUGGGUCGUUGCUAAAGCUAAUCAGUAUGCACGAGACGGAGCGCUCGUUCGAGCGUGACAUCAUUCCUAUGGCUCGCGCUGAGGGUUUAGCACUGGCUCCAUGGAACGUUCUAGCAGGUGGAAAGCUGCGUAGCGAUGAAGAGGAGGAGAAACGUAGGCAGACAGGAGAGAAGGGCCGCACACUGACAGGACCGCAGUGGGAGCGAUCUGAGACAGAGAAGGCAAUGUCGAAAGCUCUUGAGAAGGUUGCGGUGGAGAUUGGUGCGAAGCAUAUCACCGCUGUGGCUAUCGCCUACGUGAUGCAGAAGACUCCAUACGUCUUUCCUAUUAUCGGAGGACGGAAGGUGGAACAUCUGCUUUCCAGCAUCGAGGCGCUGAACAUUACGCUGAAGCCCGAACAUCUCACGUACCUGGAGAGCAUCAUUCCCUUUGAUAUUGGGUUCCCUAGUAACUUCAUCGGUGACGGUACAACGUACAAUUUCCUCACGCGAUCUUUUGCAUGGUUGGAUAGAUUGCCUCAGUGA